AUGGACAAGGAAAACCUCACCCAGAUCUCCGAGUUCCUCCUCUUGGGGCUCUCAGAGAACCCCAGGGAGCAGCAGUUACUCUUCCUCCUCUUCCUGAGCAUGUACCUGGUCACGGGGCUGGGGAACCUGCUCAUCAUCCUAGCCAUCGUCACGGACGCCCGGCUCCACACCCCCAUGUACUUCUUCCUGGCCAACUUGGCCUUCGUGGACAUCUGCUUCACCACCACCACCGUCCCAAAGACGCUGGUGAAUCACAUCACAGGCCACAGAGGGAUCCCGUAUGCCGGCUGCCUGACCCAGACCUUCUUCUCCAUCUUGUUUGCUAGUCUUGACAGCAUCCUGUUGAGUGUCAUGGCCUAUGAUCGUUACGAGGCCAUCUGCCACCCCCUGCACUACACCACAUCCAUGACUCCACAGCUCUGCAGCCUCCUGGUGGGGGCGUCUUGGACAGCAGCUUUCGGGAAUGCCCUGACCCACACGGUUUCACUGACCCGUCUCUCCUUCUGCACCCACAGAGAAGUCCCAAAUUUCUACUGUGACCUCAGUGCUUUGCUCAAACUGGCCUGCUCUGACGCCUUCCUCAACUUUGCCCUGCUGAACACCGUGGGUGCCAUUCCUCUGUUUUUCCCCUUCGUGGGUAUCCUGGUCUCCUAUACGCUCAUCUUCGCAGCUGUGCUGAGGAUCCCGUCCAGGACAGGCAAGCAGAAGGCUUUCUCCACCUGUGGUUCCCACCUCUCUGUUGUGUCUCUGUUCUACGGGACUCUCAUUGGGGUUUAUUUUAGCCCUACUUCCUCACACACAGCCCGAAAGGACACGGUGAUGUACACAGUGGUGACCCCUAUGAUGAACCCCUUCAUCUACAGUAUUCGCAACAAGGACAUGAAGGCAGCACUGAGAGCACUACUCAGCAGGAAACUAGCUUUUAUUCAAUGA